AUGUGGGACACACGUGUUCCCCCGUGGGGGGCACAGCCCGGCCGUCACACCGGCGUGGCGAGCACGACCGCAUCAAAGGGCGAGCGAUUUGCCCGAUUUUUCAUAUUAGUCCCUUUUCUCUCCGAGGCAGGAAAAGUGAGAGAAGAAAGAAGCGAUCGGAUCGUUUACCGCGGCGGCCGAGGACAGGAGGGAGCCCGCGGCCUCCGCGCACCCCCGGCUCCCCCCCCCGAUGUCCGCCGGAGUUUGCGGGAGGCGCUGAAACUGAAGGAGAGCCCGGGGGGGCAGCACGCCGCCUUCCCCCACCACCACCCCGCCUUCUACCCCUACGGGCAGUACCAGUUCGGGGACCCGUCGCGGCCCAAGAACGCCACCCGGGAGAGCACCAGCACCCUCAAGGCCUGGCUCAACGAGCACCGGAAAAACCCCUACCCCACCAAGGGCGAGAAGAUCAUGCUGGCCAUCAUCACCAAAAUGACCCUCACCCAGGUCUCCACCUGGUUCGCCAACGCGCGGCGGCGGCUCAAAAAGGAGAACAAAAUGACCUGGGCCCCCCGCAAUCGAUCUAGUGCCUUGGAAGUAGAGAAAAAGUUAAUAAAGACAGCUUUCCAGCCAGUGCAGAGGCGGCAUUACGGUGGGGAGAGCCCUCGCCUGGUGCACGCCUGCAGCCUCCCCGGGCCGCUGGCAGUGAUGGCUGCAGCCGGGGAAGGGACCCGCAGAGUUUGCGGCAGGGUUGCGAUCUCUGCUUUCUUCCCCCCACGUCCCCUUCCUUUCCCCAUACGUCCUCUCCGGCCACAGCUCGCCCUGGAAAUGGCGUUUGCCUCCUCGCAGCUCUGUCUUUCUGCCAGGAACUGUUCCCUCUCUUUUGCUCCGACAGGCUCCUGA